CUUUCACUUUUACUUCACGUUCUAUAAAGCAGGAAGAAUGGCGUCCCAAAAUGGGCAGAAGCUGGAAGAGAAAUUGUCGUGUGCUAUUUGUUUGGAAGUAUUCAAAGCACCCACAACAAUCUUAUGUGGACACAAUUUCUGCAUGCAGUGCAUAAAUGACCACUGGGACAAACGGAACAGGGAAGAAACAGUAGAAAUCAAAGUGUAUGACUGCCCACAAUGCAGGAAAACAAUAGCAGAGCGUCCAGCAUUAAGCAAGAAUAUCGUCCUAUCUGAGAUUGUGGAGUGUGUGAAGUCAGGACAGAAGAUACCACUCAAAGCUGUUGAGGAAAUUUUAGGUGAUCAGAAAUGUACAAGACACAAUAUGCCCUUGGUACUGUACUGUAUAACAGAGAAGAUGUGCAUUUGCCUACGCUGUAGUCUUAACGAGUGCAAAGACCACAACAAAGUUAUGCUGGAGGAUGAAAGGAAAAGAGUAGAGGUGAAACUCACCAGUACCCUUACAAAAUAUUCACAGCAGAUUGUAGAGUUUGAGAAGGAUAUGCAGCUGCAACAUGAGCAAAAAGACUCAUUUAAGAAAUAUGCUGAUCAAAUGAAAACCGGAAUUCUGAACAAGAUCACACAACUUUCAGAGGCCCUGGAAUCAUGUCAAGAAAAGAUAUUGGGCUUCAUAGGUGCAGAAGAAAUGACUGCUGUCAAUCAAGCUAUGCAGAAUAUAAAAAUUCUGGAAGAAAAAUGUGCCAAACUAAAGCAACAUCAGAUUUAUAUAGAACUUCUUUUGAAAAACACUGAUGAUAUUAAAGUUUUGCAGGAGUGGCAGUUUUUGUGCCCUCAGAGCACCGAAGAAGCCCUGCCUGUGGCACAGUUUGAUGCAAAACAUAAGUUAUCUGCUGUAAUGUCUGUUCUGACCCAAGUUUCAGCACUUGUCUUAACAGAUCUACAAACAUCCAUUGAAUCAAAUCUUUCUCAGUCUGAGAAUGAAGCAUCUGCUAAAUUCGACAAAUGUGAUUUGACCAAGAUGGAACCUACACACUUGAUCAAACAAGGUAGUCAAACAGAAGAAUCAGAAUUUCCACCCCAGAGUCCUUUGAUCAAGGUUCCCAAGCAAGUUCCUCACUCCAACCUUAGAGAAAAUUUGCUAAAACAUUCCUGUCAUUUGACCUUUGAUCCCAAAACAGCACAUCAACAUCUGCACAUCUUCAAAGAUAACCGAAAAGUGAAACAUAAGUCCUUAGAUUGUCAUAAUCUACCUGAUGACCCAGAGAGGUUUAAACAUGCUUGGCAGGUGUUGUGCUCAGAGAGCCUCUUCAAAGGGGAGUAUUAUUGGGAGAUUAGAUUCUCAGACUACUGGCUGUACCUUGGGGUAGCCUACAAGAGGAUUGAGCGGAAGGCAGAAGACAAGCGUUGGUACAUUGGCCUAAAUGAAGACUCGUGGAGUCUGCAGCUGUUCAAAACUAGGUAUGCUGCAUGGCACAAGGGCGAGGAAGUGAAACUCGAACAGCCAACGCCUAUGAUGCUCGGAGUACAUUUGAAUAUCCCUGCUGGUACCCUCUCAUUUUAUGCUAUAGAGGAAAACAUGAAACUCAUUCACACCUUUCAUGCUGUAUUUACAGAGCCUUUGUACCCAGCAUUCUGGAUUGGUGAGGAUGUCACUGUUAGUCUCUAUUAAAAAGAAAAUAAAAUAAAAAACAGGACAAAUAAAUGAAUUCAAAGUUUAUGACAACUGACUUUAUCCUGGACAGUAGACUUUUCUGAGUCAUACCACUAAUAUUGCUCACUAUUCUCAGCUCAAAUCAGUGUACAGCAAAUUAUGAUAAAUUACUAAUGUAUUAAAGACUAGAACUGUGCCAUAUGACAUGCAUUAAUAAAUAUUAACUGCAAUUGGGUAGUAAAUUCAA